GAAGGCAUUGGGCUCGUUCGAGAGGUUCGUUCAACCGAUGCACACAGCCCAGCUAAGCGGCAACACAACAUCAAGCUGUGCCGGCUGGUCGUCGGUGCGGUGCGGUGUGAUGUGGUGCGGGAGGGCGGUGUGAUACGACACGGCCUGCCCGACCGGCUGGUUGGUUGGCUUUGGCCGAUGUAGCCAAAGGAAAAAGCCAUUGCGAUUUUUCGGAAUUGAAAGGAUCAGUUUAACGCGAAUUACGGCUACGAAAGGAUGACACUUUCCUGUUGCAGUAGCGAGUGUCGGCGGCGAAUGCAAGCGUAUUAGUGAUAGAGUGCCAUUUGCCACACACAAUAAAAAUUGCAAUAUUUUGAAUUUAACGAAUUUUUUCACUGUGCCAGAAUUAAUAAAAAAAAUUUUCAAAAAGUAUUUGAAAAACUUGCUGACAAUGUAAAUUUAUUUUUUCAAUUGUGCGCAGUCAAGAAACUACGAAAUACGCAUUUUUUCCAGUUUCUCGAUCCGGACCUUGCACAACGUAAAAUAUCGCGUGUGUGGCAAAGUUAACGGGCGGUAGUUGCUGAGCAGAACGUUGGUAUCUUAUUUCUUUUGCAAGUUUGAACAAAUAUGCAUCAAUUGUGGAGGAAAACUAAACUAAUUUAAACAUUCAGCAUAUAAUUGGUAAUAUCGGCUGCAAUUUCAGCAAUAAUUUCCGUGUAAUUUAUAAUAUGUAGCAUACUUUUGCGCUCAAGGUAUGUGUGAAGCAUGGAAAUUGCUUGCCAAAUCAUAAAAGUAAUAAAAGUUACAAAUUUUAUAUUAAUUGAAGCGUUUUGUAGAAGAAAAAUCAAACAAACUCUAAACUAAAGCAUACCUUUAGGCACGUUAUUAAAGUUAUAUUCGCGUUUUAAUGAAAACUAUGUAAACAUUGAUCUUAUAUUAGUUUUGAUUGCUGAACGAUUUGUAAAAAUAUACUUUUCAACUAUAAUUGCAUACUUUUGCGCGCAAAAACAUUAUAUUUGGCUGCAAUUUCUAAUAAGAUACUUAUGCUUCAGCUGAAGUCUUUAGUAGUGAACCAUUAAAUUUGAGAAAUAUACGACACUUCAAUAAUCGCGCUAAGCUGAGGCUGAAUAACGGUUUAAAAUAAUUGCGACAAAAUAAAUUGUAUAAAUGAAAGACAGUUCGAAUAUCGUAGCCAAGUUUUGGGCGCAAUUUCCACAUGCUAAACAAUUUUAGAUUGCAAAGCAUUAAGAUAGGCAUUUUUUGUGGUGUGUAUUAAAUAUUGAUCCACACAUUGAACUUUACGAAAUGAUAUAAAAAAAUAUACAAAUUGUAAUAAUCUUUGCUGCAUCUAACUGUUAUUUUUAAACGCCCAAAUCAUUGCCUACUUUUUAGCAUUUGACCGAUAGAGGAAACGUUCUUAAAAUAAUGCUAUAUAUACAAAAAGCUAAAGUGAAUAUUUCAAAUGCUAAGCCAUGUGUUUAAAUAAUUUAAGCAACCUAAAAGUAUACUAAAAUAUUCAAAAUUUGUAAAUAACGUGAAUUUUAUAAACGCCACUAACAGAGCAAAUACAUAUAAAUACAAAAAUAAUUUAAAAUAUAUUUGACUCGAAGCGGCGACAAUACGCCUAAGAGCACGCUACACGAUUAGGAAUAUCUAAACUGCACUUUUGGAAACAAUACAAUAUAUUUUCAUAUACUUGACAAUGUAAACAAUUAAGCAUAUCAUUUGCUAGAAUAAAACAACAACAAAAAAUACCUACUAAUACUUUUUGACCCAAAAAAUAUACACAAAAAUACACUGAGAAUAUAUCUCGCUCGCUUAAAGUUGAACGGUUGUGAACAGUACGCUAGCACACAUACACACACACAUAAAUAUAUAAAUACAAGCUGUGUAAAUUGUGGCUAAGUUUGGAAAAUACUAAAAUUAAGUUGAUAAAACGCUAAAUAUAAGCUCUUACUUACAUUUCGAAAAACAUAUUGCAUACUUUAAGGCGCACUUUAUAAGUAAAAUUUAAUUAAAAAGUUUAUGAACGGUGAAAAGUGAAUGAAAUAGACUGUAAAAAUUUUGCAAGAAUUACAAAUUAUUGAACUAAAAUACGGUAAGCAUUUGAGAAUAAACACGACUUGAAAUAUCGUUGCCAAUUUUGCCGUCGCUUUGACGCUUUGCUCUCAUCGCAGCGAACAACAACGCACAACUAAGCAAGCGUUGCAAGCAAAAGUAAAUUUCACUAAAAGUGACAAUAAAAGCGCGGCGAAGACAAGUGACUGUUUCGCAAAAAUAUUUAACACGCUCACAAUUUACACUCUUUGGAGAAAGCGAAUUAAGAAUUUUCUACAAAACGACUUUCUUGCGGCGAACUGUAUGCAUACAAGCGACGGAGUAAACAAGCAGCCAGCAAAGCAGAUAAACAGCAGCAGACACGUGGACACAAGCAGCAAAAACAGCAACAAAGGCGGCAACAGAAAUAUAAAGGAACAUACACAGUGGUCGUCACGGCGUAUGAGUAACUUGAAAUUCUUCACAAAAAUCUUUCAAUAUAGUGAAGCUAAAAGCGAACAUUUUUAGAACUCAUUUGAAUUGCAUUAAAAAUAUGUAAUAACUUUGAUUAUAAAAAGUGCUUAUAACACAAAGUAAGUAGUUAAGAAAACAAAAACAAAUCAGUAUAAUCAGUUUAAUAGUGUUAAGACCUAAAAAACAAAAAAGUACUAAAAUUUCAAUAACUAAUAGUUAAUAAAUAAUUAUAGAGAAAUUGUAGUUAAAUACCUACAAAAACAAUAAUACUGAACAGAAAAACCUGUAAACAUAUUAAAUAGCAAUAAAACGCGCCAAACUGCUGAGUAGCUAUUUCACUCAAACAAACAAAAAACCAACAAUAACUUUAAAGUACAGCACAAAACAUAUACGCAACUCAAUUAAAAGUAUUACAUGCCAUAAAUCAAUGCAUUAAAUGAACAUAAAAAGCAAUUGAUAAGCGUCGGCAAACUGAGUAAAAAAAUUGCAAAACAGUGCUUGAUAAAAAAAUAAAAUAGUAAAGUGCAACACCAUCAGCUUUUUUAUGCACUUAGAGUGUGUCAAGUGUAGUGGUAAAUGAAAAAAUACACAUUGUGCUAAAUUAAAGUUUGCACAAAAAGUUGCUUAAUUUUAGAUGAAGCGAAUUGUUUUUUUUAAAUAUUGGCAACGUGAGAGCACGCGAUCUUUAUAAUAAGUGCAAAACCUUUGAAAGAUCAACAAAAUUGCAGUGUGUCCUUUUUAAUAGAUUAAACUGAAACGUUUGUGUGUGCUGCAGUUUUUUUUUGUAUUCCACAGUAUUCGGCAACUAGUUUGUGCUAUAAUCUUUGUGCUAUAAAAAUUUCAUUGAUGUGCUGAAUAUAUAACCGAUGAAAAUAUGAAUUACCAAAAAGGCAUUAAGGAUCCCAAUUUGGAGCGGCAUACAAAAGGUAAAACACGUCAUUUCACGGUGAACGGUUUUAAUACGCAUGCACAGCAGCAGCAACAGCAACAACAGCAAGCGCAACUGCAAAGUCAGAGUGACGUGCGUAAUAUUUACAAUAAUCCUUAUACGCCACCAAUAGCACCGACAACAACAUUGAGCCAACAGCAACAGCAGCAGACGCAUCGUUUACAGCAGCAACAACAACAGCAAUUGUUGUACAAGUCCAUUGCCAGCGGUGUUGUUGGAAAUAGUGGUGCAAAUCAAUACGAUUACCCACCAACGGCAUCGAGUGAGCAUCAGCAUCAGCUACAACAGCAACAACAACAGUUGCAGCAGCAACUACAGCUACAGCAACAGCAGCAACAACAACAACAACAAUUGAAUAACGUCUUGGAGGCAGACAAUAACACCUUCACCAGUCAUAAUAAAGAAAUCAAUUAA